AUCGAUUGGAAUUACAGUAGAUGGGUAAUAACUAAUAUGCACUGCUUUUUUGUCAUUGUAAUGUCGUGGUAUUUCCGAAGUAAUCCAAUUUUAUGAAUGAAAUUUAUGAGUGAUCGUAGCGUAUGCUUUAUGUUUGCGCUUGUGUGAGGGUGUAGCACGGUUUUAACGCCAGUAACAUACGCGCCAAGUUUAAAUAAGGCUAGAUGACAUUUACGGAAUUCCGAAAAAAAAUAAAGAAAAAAAAUUACGUACCAAUUUUUUUAUUGAUUUGGGUCGAGAAUCAUUAGCAUAAUUACCUCCUUGAAUAUGGCACGGAUGCAAAUCAACAGCUUGUAUAAAAGGUGUAAGUAACAUACCAGUGUGUGACUUUGAAACGACAACAUCCACAAUUUAUUUACAUGCUCGCUUGGUAUGCCGCUCAGCUGAAGGCUGUUUGUUUACGAUACGUACUUGUUGACACGCGCCCCGAAUACAACACCCAACAGUUACGAUAGGGGUGUGUGAAACAUAUGGCAAUGCUGUAUAUUUCUUCUGAGCGUUUUAGUGGUUGUUAUUCAAAAAAGAACUUGUUUAACGGCAGCAGUGGGGAACGAAUGUCUGUAAGACACUACUGUUACUACGUACUGUUAUUAGACUUGUAAAUUGGAUAUUUAGAUGAAAUGCUAAGAAAUCUAUUUGUAGGUAUGGAGUUUUUGUAAUCCAAAACAAUCAUACUUGAUUGAUCGUUGGUUCUACUUUAAAUUUAGGCUUCAGGGUCGACAAUACCGGAGAUAGGUACUGAGUUUCUGAGUUACCAACAUCGAUGAGUGUCAAAAUAUUGUUCCUAUGUCUGACAACCCUAAUUAUAUUAUUGAAAGUAGGUAUAAAUCUAUCGCAAUAAUUAGGCACAACACACGUAAUGUUACAAAACAUUGGCCCCGCCUUUAUCCUCUUUAUCCUGCUAUUGAGCUGACCGUUUCAUUCAGCCUCAGACCCAUCAACGACUUCGAUCAAUCACAAUGUGGACUCAAGUGAUUAUCUUUAGUGUUGCUCUUACAAUUGCAAUUGGUGAAGAAGUAGUGCCAGGGAUAAAACGGGAAGUCAGUGAAGGAGUACAGAGCAUGGGGUAUAAACUGAUCUACGGCGAUGAAGACAUGACUAUCAUUAACCAGGUAGUCACAGAUGCGGAGAAGAGUGAUAUGGUCAAGAAAAACAAAGUUAACUUGAAUGAAGCUAUCAAACCAUUGGCUCCGGAGGAUGUUAAGUGCUUGAUGUCUGUGGAUCGGUAUUGUAGCAAGAAGAUGGGAGCUAUGAAAAGUGUUUUAAUCCAAGCAGUCAAGGAGGACUGCGCGAAAUGUUCAAUAAAACAAAAGGACGAAGCUGGUAAAGUGAUAGCGUCGAUGAUGGCUCAUGACCCAGUAGCCUGGAAGCUCUUCCUCACCAGGUACGACGGCCUCGAUAAGGUCCAAAGGAUACUAGGAUAGAGGAUUAUAUAUAAGACGCAAAAAUAUACGAAGGCAUUAUUAAUGUGUGAGUAAGUGAAUCCGUUUUGGUUUUUACCAAUGCUGUUGCUGAAUGUAUAGUGUGCCUCCUAGUAUUAUUUUAUACAAUUCCUACCAUCAAAACUGUGUUUGAUUAAUCAAAGUUAGUGUCCCUCUUCUGGAUGAAAGAAAAUAGCUUCUGAUGCCACGAUAACAUUAAGAUAUAGUUCGCCUUAAUUUGACAUUGAUUAAACCUUGUGAUGUUAUAGAUCUGCCCUCCAAAUAAAACCAAGAGAAGAACCUAAAAAACAACCGCAGGUUCGCUUAAAAGUUAUAGGUGAGCCAGAAGAAGUAAUAAGAUCAUCUAGGAAUAGAUACGUCAUGCCCGGCGUACAAGUUAGAGUCAAAAGAUACGCUAGCGUUCCUGAAAAGUUUCAUUGAAUUAAUUUAAUUAUUAUCAUAACAAUAUGUAGGUUUAUUAAUAUUGUGUAAGCUACUUACGUUAAGGUAAUGUUCUGCCAUAUGAAUAAAGAAUUAAAUGGAGUUGGA